AAGCAUGCGUCGGGAGCGCACAGAGGGCGCACCGGUGUCAGUUUCCUCCAGCCCUCCUUCGCAGCGGUGGCUCCUGCUCGUUGCGCGCAGCUGCGUCUCGGAGCAGGAAUUUUUGGGGAGUGAACGUUUCUGCGCUCGCCUCGCGCUUGUGACAUUUCAGCCGUGGCGGAGAGACGCGGACGCACAGCCGAACUGCGAGGAGCCAGGAGAGCGGCGCUCCGAUGCUGAUCGAAGCUUAACUCAGCCUUCUUCUCUCAUUUUUAUUUUAUUAUUAUUUCUCUAUUCAGGCUCUUGGAAACAUACCACACUCAUUCCUGUUGGAUAUCUAAAGUGAAACAUUUGCGCCAUCAUCCAUCCAGCGCGCACGGCUCCCACUUUGGCGGAUUUUUCUCUUCAUUUUUUAAACAUAUCUGGAUUAUUAUUUCAACAUUGUCUUUUUUUAUGGUAACUUGCCCCAUCGGGGCUGAUUUUUGAAGCUCCAAGAUGCUGAGGAUCCUACAACCACCAGAGCUCUCACUUUGAGACAUUUUUGUCUGUUUUCUCCUCUCCGGACGGACAUUUGUUGCCCUUUUAUUUUCUUUAUUUUGCAGAAACCCCCCUGUUUUUUAAGGAUGCUUAGUGGAUUGCUUUUGUUCCUUUUCACCCAAGUCCUCUUGGUGUCUUCAUUGGCUCAGACCGAUAUAUGCGGGGGGAACAUAGCCAUCCGCAUCGCGGACUACCUGACCUCCCCGGGUUACCCCAGCGCGUACCCGCCCUCACAGCAGUGCGUGUGGGUCAUAACUGCUCCGGAACCGGGCCAGAAGAUCCUCAUCAACUUCAAUCCGCAUUUUGAUCUGGAGGACAGAGACUGCAAGUACGACUAUGUGGAAGUCUACAACGGGGGUGAUGAAUUUUCGCCCAUGUUGGGGAAGUUUUGUGGGAAAAUCGCGCCGGCUCCGAUCGUCUCCACCGGAGGACAGCUCCUCAUAAAGUUUGUCUCCGACUACGAGACGCACGGGGCGGGAUUCUCGGUCCGAUACGAGGUCCUCAAGACAGGUCCAGAAUGUUCCAGGAACUUCACUGCCCCCACGGGAGUCAUCAGGUCGCCGGGUUUCCCGGACAAAUACCCCAACAACCUGGAAUGCACCAUCAUGAUCUUUGCCCCCAAAAUGUUGGAGAUUGUGGUGGAGUUCGACAGCUUCGACAUGGAGCCCGAUACCACGCCUCCGCCGGGCGCCCUGUGCCGAUACGACUACCUGGAAAUCUGGGACGGCUUUCCUGCAGUGGGUCCUCACAUCGGCCGGUACUGUGGCCAAACAUCGCCGGGAAGAGUCAUCUCCUACACCGGGGUCCUGUCCAUGACCAUCAUCACCGACAACGCCAUCGUCAAGGAGGGAUUCUCGGCCAACUACACCAUCCGGGAGAGGAGCCGCCCCCCUGGAUACGAGGAAAACGAUCCCCGCUGUGACGAGUCGCUGGGAAUGGAGUCGGGGGAAAUUUCCUCGGAGCACAUCACAGCGUCCUCGCAGUACAACUCCAACUGGUCGCCAGAGCGCUCGCGGCUGAACUACCCGGAGAACGGCUGGACGCCGUCAGACGACACCAUCCGGGAGUGGAUUCAGGUGGAUCUGGGUUUUCUGCGGUUCGUCACUGCCAUCGGGACACAGGGCGCCAUCUCAAGGGAAACCAAGAAGCGCUACUUCGUCCGCACGUAUAAAGUGGACCUGAGCUCCAACGGGGAGGACUGGGUCACGGUGAAGGAAGGCUCCAAGCAGAAGAUCUUUGAUGGGAAUGUAAAUCCAACCGACGUGGCUCGAGCUGACCUCCCCAAACCCACCCUGACUCGCUACAUUCGCAUCCGACCCCUGACCUGGGAGCAAGGCAUCUGCAUGCGCUUCGAGAUCUACGGCUGCAGGAUAUCAGACUCCCCGUGUUCGGUGAUGCUGGGGAUGGUAUCAGGGCAGAUCACCGAUGCUCAGGUCAGCGCCUCGUCCUUCGCCGACCGCGGCUGGGUGCCCGAGAACGGCCGGCUGCUGACGGGCAGGUCGGGCUGGACCGGACAGCAGACCAAGCAGCCCUUCAGGAACGAGUGGCUGCAGGUGGAUCUGGGCCAGGAUAAGAUGGUGAGUGGUGUGAUGAUCCAGGGCGGGAAACACCGCGACCGCAACGUCUUCAUGAAGAGAUUCAAAGUCGGCCACAGUCUGGACGGCGAUCAGUGGACCUUCAUCAGGGAGGACAACACCACCAGACCCAAGGUAUUCACUGGAAACCAAAACCAUGAAACCCCAGAGCUGAAGACAUUCGGACCUCUCCGGACCCGAUACGUCAGGAUUUACCCGGAGAGGGCCACCCCCGAGGGCAUCGGGCUCCGCCUGGAGCUGCUGGGCUGCGAGCUGGAGGACCUAACGAGCCCGGCCCCUCCCACCACGCCGCUUGCCCCAACAUUUUUCGUCACCACCUUCGGUGCGACCACCACGGCCCCGACCACAGUGCCGAGCACCACGCAGAGCUUGGAGUGCGAUGAAGGUCGGCUGAACUGCAACACGGAAACCGAAGUGAUGGAAUUGUACGAAACAGACACAGGAGGACCCGCCACUGCCAACUCCGUCACAGACAUGCCAGCGUACGUCUGGUUCGCCUGCAGCUUCGACACGCCGUCGCUCUGCGGCUGGAACGGAGAGCGUGGCUCAGGAGCCGAGUGGGUGAUCCACACCAGCGAGGAGUCUGCCGUCCACAGAGGGCCCAUCUUUGACCACACGGGCAGACGUGGGAACUUCAUCCACAUGCAGCUGACUGACAGAGAUGCUCCGAGUAAAACUGGUGGGGAGAACAGUGAAGAAGACAAGGUGGCCAGGCUGAUCAGCCCCUCCAUCAGCACGCAGGACACCAGCCUCUGCAUGUCGUUUUGGUACCACCUGUCCACCGAACACAAGGGGGCGCUGCUGGUCAAGUGCAGAAGGGGUGAGGAGACUACCUUGUGGGUCAGUGACAAACACCAGGGCAGCCGGUGGAGAGAAGGACGCGUUCCGCUGCCAAGGUCAAGCCACUCCUACCAGGUGGUGGUGGAGGGCAUCGCUAACAGGCACAGCACAGGCCACAUAGCUGUGGACAACAUCCAGAUCAUGGAUGGACUCAGCGGGGACGACUGCAGGGAUCCAGAAGUUCCUACGUCUCCACCAACUGAGAUCCUGAUGCUCCCCAUGGACUCCUUCUCACAGGAGGCUGGAAAACCCAGCGGCCAGAGCAACAUGCUGGAGACCCUGGACCCCAUCCUGAUCACCAUCAUCGCCAUGUCGGCGCUGGGCGUCUUCCUGGGCGCCAUCUGCGGCGUGGUGCUGUACUGCGCCUGCUCGCAGGGCAGCAUGACAGACAGGAACUUGUCGGCCCUGGAAAACUAUAACUUUGAGCUCGUGGACGGUGUGAAGCUAAAGAAGGACAAAAUGAACGGACAGACGAAUAAUUACUCAGAGGCGUGAGCGGGACACAAGGGGUGGAGCCGCGACUGCUCCGUGAUGGACAUGCAGCCAGUCGGGACAGAGGAAGGCGCGGCUGAAGCCAACAAUGGGACGGCAGGGUGGGCUGACAUUGAGCCGAUUCUAUUCUAAUUCUCAGGAGUGGCAGUGGAAGAGACUGACCUGUAGGGGGCACUGUGUAAAAAAAAUUUGUACAGCAAAAAAGAAAAAAAUAGAAAAAAAAGAAAACUACAAAUUCUCUGUUUUUUCGACGUGCUUUGUUCAUGUAAUCACAUGCUGGUGUUGAGACCAAUUCAGAGGAAAAAAUGGUUUUGUGUCGUUUUCGGAAAGGCCUUUCGUUUGUCGUUCAGAUGCCAUCGUUUCACAGAACGAGCAAAGCUUGUGAAACUUGGGCUCCUUCGCUGCUCAUCCGUCCCGGUGAGAGUGUGACCGUGCACGUUUGCAUCGAAGGCGCGUAGAUAGAUGAACACGUGAGGUGUGUGCGUGUGUGAGUGUGAGUGAAGCAGGCGCCGUCAGGCCCGUCGACCUGCAUCCAGCUCCGGCAGUGCCUUUUUUUCUUUAUUCCCACCCUCCAGUUUCUGUUGCCUUUGGUUCCACUGGGUUUUUUCAUCAUUAGCUGAGAGCUCCUACAAGCAUCUGCAGACUGCGAUCCGAACGGCUUUUUCCAGACUGCAGAUCCGUACGUCCUCAUGCCUUCUUGACGAUUGUACUCACACGGACUAAACUGUUAAAUGCUGAUCUUUAGCUUCUGGAGACCAGAAGAAGUCGCGGAGGAGCUCCGAAAGCCUCAUUUUCAUGGCACACGACUCAUCCAACAGAUUGUACAUAGGUUUUAAUAUAUUUGAGCGCCCUCUUUUAUAGAAAAAGGAUCAAAGUGCUGCAGUAUCCUUUCCUUUCUUUGUGGAGAUCAAGCUCCUGGUUCGUUCUAGACAGAGUCUUGUUUUUUUUUUCACCACAGGGUAAAACAAACAACCUCAGCACCAGAAGAACGAAUCAUGAACCACAAUCAACGUUCUUCUCACUGUCUCAUAAGGAAGACUUUAAGCAGCCCCAAAGAGACGUGAUUUCUGGACUAAAAACUAAAGAGUUUUUACUUUUAAAGGGGAAAUAGUUUCAGUCGAAUCAAACAUUUUUAAGCUUUUACUUCAUUAAAUGACUUAAAGAAAGUUCCUUUGACUGUUAAAAUUGUCAAAAAUAAUUUUUUAAGCCUUUUAUUUUCUAUAUGAAUUCUUCAAUCACUUUAUUUUACUUACACGAAACUUUGUCCACCGUUUCAGAAUUUUCUGUUGCUAAAGUUUGCCUGCAUUUUACAGAGCUCCUAAAGGGACACAAAAAAUUAAGUAGAAAAAAAGUUAUUAUCUGGUGGGCACCAGUUAGUACCUGAUACACACCAGAUAGUAACUGGUGCUCACCAGAUACUAACUGGUCUGCACCAAAUAAUAACUUGUGCGUAACAGAUGGUGUGCACUAGAAAGUAAGUGGUGUGCACAAUUUUAAUACAGCAUUUAGUAGCCAUUUACAAUCUGGUGCACACCAUUUAGUAACUUGUGCACACCAGAUUGUAACUUUAGUGCACCAGAUUGUAACUUGUGCACACCAGAUAGUAACAUGUGCUCACCGGAUAGUAACUGGUGUGGACCAGAUAAAAAUUGGUGCACACCAGAUAGUAACUUGUGCUCACCAGAUAGUAACUGGUGUGUACCAGAUAGUAAGUGGUGUGUACCAGAUAGUAACUGGUGUGUACCAGAUAGUAACUUGUGCACACUGGAUAGUAACAUGUGCUCACCGGAUAGUAACUGAUGUGGACCAGAUAAAAAUUGGCUUGUACCAGAUAGUAAGUGGUGUGCACCAUUUUAAUUCACCAGUUCUGAUUCUCACCAGAUAAUAUAUUUUUUUUUUUACUUAGAUUUUUUUCUUCAAUGUCUCUGUAAGAUGUCCAUAGAAUUUGAAUCUUACUUAUCCAAAAAUAUUUUUAAUGUGUUUUAGAUUUGCUCAGCAAAAAGGAGCAAAAACAACCUCUUGACACUUAUAUUGACUUUAAUUUAAACAAGUUACGAUUCAUCCUGUAAAGACACUUGACUGUGCUUGCCUGCUGAGACGCUUCUCCUGGGUUUUCCUCUCAAAAUUUGACUGCACUCACCUUCACAGCAGAAAACAAAAGCAUUUUAAAUGGUAGAAAAGAUGCUGCAGCACUCAAUGUGAAAACAAAUGUUGCACUGAUAUAUUUAAAAAAAAUCUAUGUGUUUAUAUUGUUGAUUAAGGAGAAAAGAGGAGAGAAGUGGUGGGAGAGAGGACAGUGUUAUUGUUUCCUUUGCUUUCAGAUGACAGUGUUAGAGCUCUAAAAUGUACAAUUUGCAGAGAUGGUUUUCAUUCUCAAAGCUUAUAUGCGUCUGUUUUGAAGCGUAACAGUUUUAUUUACUUGCUAUAAUAUCACCUUGUGUUUUGUACUGUCACUGAUUGUACGUGCCAUGGUUUCCUUGCUUUUUUUUCUUUGUAUGAAAAGUAAAGAGUUAUUAUUUUUUGUAUCGUUUCUGUAAUUUGUUGUCUCGUUAAAAAAGAAAAAGACAAACAAAAAAAAAGAACACAUUGAGUUUAAAAGAACUGGAACGCAGUGAGGCCUUAUGUGACUAAAAGUAUUGUUUGUACUUUGACUUUCUGGCCAGAACCCAGACUCAUCUGUCUCUGUUGUCUCAGACUCUCAUCACUGACUAUUACAUUCCAAAGAGUUGGAUCAAAUAAAUGUUUUAAGUAACAAA